UCGUUUUCAGGCUUAUUAAGCAUACUGAGAAGCUACUGGAAGAGAAGGAGGAAAAAUUGUGUGUGGAAGUACUGAGAACUUUGAGAGAAAUGAUGGCAAUAGACUGCGAAUAUGGAGAAAAGGGUGAUGUCCUGCGGAACAGUCUUUUGGCUCGUUAUUUUGGAAGGAGUUUUAUUCAAAACAGUAACUCAGUAGAGUUGGGAACUAUUAUUUUAUUUUCGAUGCACGGACCAGGAGCAAAAAUACUGAGCAGGGCUGGACGAACUUUACAUGAGGUUCAAACACAUCUUGAUAGAGAAGGAGCUUCUGAUUUGGUAGUUGAAUUAGUGAUAAAAUCUGGAAAUUCUCCUCGCAUAUUUACCGAAGCUGUUGAGUUAGGAAUAGCAUUAUUAGAGGGUGGUAAUCCGAUUAUACAAAAAAGUAUGUUUACCAAAUUAAGAGAGGGAGAUAUGAGUCAGUCAUUUUUUAAGGUAUUUCAUGACAAAAUGAAAGAUUCGCAGCAAGAAAUUAAGUCCACUGUUACUGUCAAUACUUCGGAGAUGGCAGCGAAGGCCCAUGAAGAUAAGCAUGACGAAAAAGAAUUAGAAAAGUUCUCUAAAAAACAAAGUAGCAGAACCAAUGGUAUGUUGAUUAGCCAAGACUUGAGAGAAGAGUUGAUUCAGGCUGUAGAUUCAACGUCCCAAGUAUACUCGCGUAUACGUGAUUUAUCUUCAGGAGAAGAUGGAACCGUAACUUCGAGUGCCCCUACAACUUUUGAGGACUCUGAAAAAUAUGAAAAACAACGUGAUCGCGAAGACCAAACUGGUUUGUCAAAUAAAGUAUUAAUUAUGCAACCUAUUUUGAGAUUUCUUCAGUUAUUAUGUGAAAAUCAUAAUUCAGCAUUACAAAACCUUCUUCGUAAUCAAAAUAAUAAAAGUAAUUUCAAUCUCAUAUCCGAAACAUUAUUGUUUUUGGAUUGUAUUUGUGGUUCAACUACUGGCGGUUUAGGCCUUUUAGGGCUGUAUAUCAAUGAAAAUAAUGUUGCUUUGAUUAACCAAACACUGGAAACCCUUACUGAAUAUUGCCAAGGACCAUGUCAUGAGAACCAGAACUGCAUAGCAACCCAUGAGUCUAACGGCUUAGAUAUUAUAACUGCAUUAAUAUUAAACGAUAUAAAUCCACUCGGAAAAUGUAGAAUGGAUCUAGUACUGGAGUUGAAAAAUAAUGCAUCCAAACUUCUAUUAGCCAUAAUGGAAAGUCGAGGAGAUAGUGAAAAUGCUGAACGCAUACUUUCUAACAUGAAUCCAAAACAACUAGUUGAUGUGGCUUGUAAUGCCUUCCACCAAGAAGCUGAUGAUGAUGAUGUAGAAGAUACUGGUAUGGAUAAUAUGGUUUCUCCCAGAGAGGUUGGCCACAACAUCUGGAUAUUAUGUCAUCAGUUAGCUCAACAUAAUAAAGAAUUAGCAUCUUUGCUGAAACGGUCCGAUUCUGGUGAUCCAGAAACAUUAAAAGCUGUAGCAUAUUACGCACCUCACACUGCACAAAUCGAAAUUGUUAGACAAGAUCGUACCUUAGAACAAAUAGUUUUUCCUAUCCCUGAAAUUUGCGUAUAUUUGACAGAUGAUACAAAAGUGAGAGUUUUGAACACAGCCGAGAGGGAUGAUCAAGGUUCUAAAGUUGCUGACUUUUUUGAUCGCACUGAUCAAAUGUUCAAUGAAAUGAAAUGGCAGAAAAAACUCAGAGCUCAACCUGCUUUGUUUUGGGUCAGUAAUUUCAUGUCCUUGUGGAGUCAGAUACUGUUCAACUGUGCUGUACUUAUGAAUUUAAUUGUAGCUUGUUUUUACCCAUUUGAUAAUAUUAUACCAACAAUAAGUUCAACUAUAUCAGCACUUAUUUGGGUCGCAAUGGUUUCGGCACUUUUUAUAGUGAUAACAUUGCCAAGAGAAACGGGUAUAAGAACGUUAGUUGCUUCCACAAUUCUCAGGAUGAUAUAUUCUGUAGGUCCAGAGCCGACUCUCUGGUUACUCGGAACUGCGACUAUAGUACUGAAAUGUAUCCAUCUUGUUAGUAUAAUGGGCAACCACGGGACACUUACGAAGACAUAUCAUCAAAUACUUACAGAUGCAGAAUUGGUAUAUCAUCUCGCUUACCUUGUGUUUUGUUUACUUGGACUGGUUAUGCAUCCAUUUUUCUAUUCAGUUUUG